ACCUCUUCUUCCUCCUUCCUCCCUGCCGCUCCGUUAUAAUAUCCCAGCAAACCGCCCACCUCUCUCACCUCUCCCCUCUCUCUCGGGCGCUCUCGCGGCACGUCAACUCCAUUCCCUUCCUUCCCCUCCCGCUGCAGAUUGCUCGAUCAAGUCAAGAUUGACGCGGACAGAGCAUCCAGGAGAUUGGUCGGCGGAUCGAAUCAUGACGACGGACAAUGCAAGAAUCCCAAAGUCGUCGUCGUGGCCGAGGAGGACGAGGACGGCGGUGAGGAGAUGGCUGAGCCUCAAGACCAACGCAGAGCCGUCGUUCCAUUCAGACUGCGCCAGUGACAGAUUUGGCAUCAGAGGGCAGGAGCAGAGGAGGCGCAAGAGCUGCUCGGACAGGGACGGCAGCCGGCGAGAUCUGUCAGGUGAAGCAGGGUGGUUGGUGGAGGAGGGGCGCGAGAAUCUGGUGCCUCCCCUACGGCAUGGGCCGAGCUCGUCGUGGCAGCCUCCCAAGGAGCUCAGAGUGCUAGUGGGGACGUGGAACGUGGGCGGGAGACCGCCGCACCAAGGGCUCGACCUCUCCGACUGGCUCCUCGACCAACAUGCCUCUUCCUCGCCUCCCCACAUCUACGUCCUCGGGUAUGUAUGUGCAUACUACCCGUGUCGAUCUACUGUUUUCUGGUGCUUUCAGGAAAUAGUGCCGCUGAACGCUGGGAAUGUUCUCGGGGCGGAGGACAGGGUCCCCGCUUCCAAGUGGCUCGACCUUAUUGGCCAAGCCUUGAACCCUUCCUCCUUGGAGAGAAGCAACAAUUAUCACCACGGUCACCGGUGCACGGCUGCCGAGGAGGCGCACCCUGAAUGUAGUCAAAAGGCCAAGGUCGGCUUCACGGAUAUACCGGUGAUGGACGAUACGGUGUCAGAGCUUGAGGAGGAAGAGGAGGAGGAUAGCGAGCCUUCCACGUCAAACCCGGAGUCGAGCAGCGAGGAGGAGACGAGCGAGUUUGCGACGAUGUUGCAAGAAAGGGCGAGGCACGGAUACCGCCUGGCAGCGAGCAAGCAGAUGGUGGGCAUCUUCCUCUGCGUGUGGGUCCGGGCGGAUGUCAUGCCACGUGUCACCGGCCUCAGGGUCUCGUGUGUUGGCAGGGGCAUCAUGGGGUACAUGGGAAACAAGGGGUCCAUCUCGAUCAGCCUGACGCUGCAAGGUGGCAGCUCGGCGGCGGCGUCCACGAGCCUGUGCUUCGUGUGCACGCACCUGGCGUCCGGCGAGAAGGACGGCGACGAGGUGCGCCGGAACAGCGACGUCGCGGAGAUCCUCAAGCGGACGAGGUUCCCGCGGGUACACCGGUUCUCCAGGCUGCCGGCGUCGGCACCGUCGUCGCCGGAGACCAUCUUGGAGCACGACAAGGUCAUCUGGCUCGGCGACCUGAACUACCGGCUGUCGUCGACGGGCGGCGGCGGCGGCGGCGACGGCGAGACGCGGGGGCUGCUGGAGCGGAACGAGUGGCGGGCGCUGCUGGAGCGCGACCAGCUGCGCGCGGAGCAGAGGGCCGGGCGCGUGUUCGGCGGCGGGUGGGAGGAGGGGGAGAUCCGGUUCCCGCCCACGUACAAGUACCUUGCCGAGUCCGACACCUACGCCAUGGCCGCACUGAGCUCCUCCGCCGCCGGGAGGCCGUCGCGGGAGAAGAAGAAGCGCACGCCGGCAUGGUGCGACCGCAUCCUGUGGCGCGGCGAGGGCGUGGAGCAGGCGUGGUACGAGCGCGGCGAGUCGCGCUUCUCCGACCACCGCCCCGUCAACUCCCUCUUCUCCAUCCGCCUCCACCACCACCACCACCACCACCACGACGGCAGCAGCCUGCAGGCCACCGCUAAUAAGGCAUGCUGCCGGCAACGCAGGACACCGCCCGCGGGCGGCGCGGUGAUCGAGGCCGAGGAGCUGCUCGUCGCGCCGCCCCGGGACUGCCGGUGCCUCCAGUCCUCGAGAUUCUGACACGUCAUACGUGGUGACCAUCGAAGAACGGCAGCGGCGGCCUCAAAAGGUGGCCGUCGCGGCGCACGCGUGCCGGCCGGCGCUGAAACAUAGGCGAGCCCGGCCGUGGUACGUGCACCGGCAGGCAGGUGGCGUACGUGCUCAUUAUUGCUUGCCAUUUGGCCACGGAGCUCGCAGCAAUUUUCACUUUGAGAGGAGAAGGACGGGACAUUCUUCUCGGGAACGCGCGAGCUUUUCAGGGUGGAUGCCUUGCCUUCUUCGGAGGAAUCUUCUUAGUAGAGUAGUAAUUCUUCCUUCAUGUCUAAACUUAUCACAGUAUGCGUGUAGCCCAGCAGUAUAGAAUAGGAAAUCAGGAAUCCUUGUCUUCUUUUCUCUGUCGUUUUGUUUUGGACGUACAUAAGAAGAAAAAAACUGUAAUCUCGAAAUUUUCUUCAGUUCAUAUAUAAUUAUAUAUAUAAGGAGAUGGGUUGUCCAUAGACGUUGUUGCAAAAUUU